AGGAACUACGUAUGGAAGAUUAUCAACUUGGUAGAAAGGGUCCACAAGCUUCAGGAACUGGCACUACAACUGGAACUGGUAUGUUUGGAAGUUCAUUUGGUACCUCGACUGGUGGAUCAACGUUCGGGACAGGUAAAUCUCGUUUACUCCUGUAAGCAUAUUAGAUAUUACUAAACAUGAGCAGUUGAUGAUCAGUCGAUACUUAUCAGAACGAGAUAGUACUGUUCUUAAUUCUUUUCAUUGUAAAUAAAAAUCAUGGUGUUUAGUUGCGAGGAAAUACACAAGUAAUAGAGAUUUAGUUUAAUUUGUUUACUAUUGUAAGUUUAAACGCUUCUGUACUUGAUCACCAUCUGUCCCGCCAAUACAAUCUAAAACAGUCACUUCCGUAUGAAUGCUAGACUCUGAUUGUUUUUUUCCAGUUACCAUGUACACGAACAAUCAGAAGUAUUUGCAUUGCUAUUUGGGAUUCAAUGUACUGUAAUCAACCAAUCACAUUUCUUGUAUAUAGUCCAAUAUUAAAUACAAUCAUAUUGUUCUUGAAUGACAUAAUGGUUUUAAUUUACUAAGGAGGGUUUGGCACAAGUACUGCCACUGGUAUAUUUGGACAAUCUGGACAAACAAAUAUGUUUGGCGCAAAAACGACGUCAGGUGGAUUAUUUGGCAACUCAAGUACAACAUUCAGUGCUCCCUCUGCUUUUACAAAUACUUUCGGUAAUAAACCGGUAAGAUAACAAUAUAUUUAUUUAUAUUCUAAAGUAAAUUAACUACUUAUGAGUGAGUACCAGCCCUUGAAUUUUGCUUUAUUUUGCCCCAGAAGGAGCGGUUUCAGCACACCUCAGCCAGUUCAGUUGACAAACAAAUAUCUUUUUCAGGAUCUGGUGGUCUAUAUAUCGCUCCCUAAUCCCUAUCACCCUCGUUAGACCACUCUCUAACUUACCAGGUGAUCUCGUGUUCGUAUUUUAGCCAAUCAGCGCUCAGAAAGGGUUGUCCGAAUAGAAAUCCAUUUUGAAGUAUUCAAUCAAUUAUAUCUUUCGUUAUGCUUUAUGAAACUAGUUGAAAUUUUGUAAUUAUGUUUGCUUAUGAGAACUAUAGCUCUGACAAAAAUAUGGAAUCGAAAUAAAGUAUAUUACAGGAGAUAUUCAGGUGUUUUAAAAUGGAUUUCUAUUUGACAACUAGUGCCAGUACUUUUCCGCGUAUCAAGAUCAUCUGGUACUGUAGUACAACAUUUAAGAUCUGGAAUACAACCUUGCAAAUCAUCUCUGUGUACAAGUAGCCAACUUGUAAAACCAAUUAUUAUGAAAAAUAGAAAUAUUUAAACAAAACAUUUGAAAAGAGGUUUAUCACUCAUAUAGGGUGGACUGUUUGGUACAACAACUACCACACCAUCAACUGGCUUGUUUGGAACAACACCUGCAUUUGGCACAGCCUCGGUUGGCAGCAGUUUGUUUGGUACGCCAUCAUUUGGUCAGACUACUCAGGUUAGUCACUGAGGGUAAUAAAGAGGAUUAGUCUGAAGUGAUGGGGUAAUAUUUGGGGUAUAAUAUGUCAUGUGAAUGACUACUGAAAAGGCAUGUUUAACAGUGCUAUUAGCACGCGUGCAUGCAUCAGCCCACACAAAAAUCGUUGUUCACAGUAUGCCAUGCAUUCUAUCAUGCCAUAGUAAAACGCCCAAUCCCUCUCUAAAAUGCAGUGGUUUUCGAUAAGCGAAGCGAUAAGAAAGUAUUUUUAUAUCUUAUUUUUUAUAAUCUUAUUUUUUAUAAUCUUAUUUAACAGGCUGGUGUAUUUGGUGCUUCUUCACAGCCCGGUGGUAUGUUCGGGAAACCAGCAUUUGGGACGAAUACAUCGGGGGCUGGCGGCUUGUUUGGUACCUCCACUUUUGGACAGACUUCUCAGGUACCAUUUAUACUAGUAAGAUUGUUUACACGCAGUGGUAUAAUAUUUAAUCACUUGCCAUCAAGACAAGUGAGCUAUAACGAUGAUAGCUUGCAUCAAAUGGAAUAUGCCACAAGAUCAUACACUAACCUUCAGCACAUACAGUAUGCAGAUCAAUAACUAGUAGAUACAAUUGAGUCGUGAAAAAGUUUGCCUGCAAUGAAUUUCACUAAUUUACUGGACAAACAUGUCGCAAUGAAAAGAAAACGUAUGGAUAUAGUGAUGCAAAUAUUAUUUUAAUGGCACGGAUUUACUUUAUUAUUCAGUAUUUAAUAGGCAAAUUAAACGCUACAUCGUACGCAGUAUAGUCUGUAGACGUCUAUUUCUUUUGUGUUUUACCACGCGUAGGCUUAAAUUCCACAUAAACUACAUAUUUUAAACACUAGUAUUUUCACGUGCAUCAAACUUGUAUUGAGUAUACUGCUAUAUCUAUUUAAUAUAAUUUAUUCUAUUCAUAUUACUUGCAGCCCUCUUUGUUUGGUCCGAAAUCUACCACUGGUAAGUCCACUCUUGCAAAUAUUGUAUUUCGUCUGGGUUACACUAAGUCUAAAUUUACGUGAUCACGCUUCACUCGCGUAAUUAAAUUGUGAUAACUGCGGAUUGCGAAACAUUCAACCACCUGAAAAAUACAAACAGAACUUCGACUUUUCGAGCGCCCUUUGCCGAUUUAUUAUCGUCUCUACCUGCACAAGGCCAUAUUUUGAUGGAAAUAGUGGGGGAGGUGGAAACAAACUUAGGGGAGGUGCAGCGGUCUAGCUUACUGCCCCCAUGGAAAGUUAGAACGGGCCAAAGUCAACGACGUGACGUAUGCAUGUAGUGUACAUAUGAAUCAGUGUAUUAAUGAAUUAUGACUGUACAACACAAAGUUACUUUCAAAACAUUGCAUUAAAAUGGUACUUGAUACAGAGAUGAAUGGCUAUCACUGUUUCAAUUUUACAGAAAAACUUUCUUAUGAAGUGUAGACCCUAAGCAAUAAAAAAUUGGCAAAUUUUCACUUUGAUCUAUCAUUAAAACUUUCUCAAGGGGAGGUGCAUGACUUUUCAGGGGAGGUGCAAAAAUUCUCAGGGGAGGUGCGCACCUCCCCACACCUCCCCUCAAAAUCCGGCCAUGUAACUACACUGGUACAGACCGUUCGUUCAUGCUUUCAAUUGUGCUUGCUUUUAUCUAACUUUCUCAAUAAGGUUCGCACUUCGAGCACCUAUAUCAAGGUUUUUGUCAAUAAACUAUUUUGAGCAUUUAUUUCAACUCUUGAAGGUAGCUACUGAAAAAGAUUUUUGUGAAGUCUGCAAUUUUUAUUUCACUUACACGUGAUAAAACAUCAUAAAACAUCGAUAUUCAUCGCAAAACCCAUGAAAGUUUUAUAAAAUCACAAAACUAUAACAGUGAAAAUAUUUACAAAAUUUAUUUGAAACCAUGUAUUUCUUGUUUGUCAGAGUAUCGCUGAAAUACCAGAUAGCUGAAAUACCUUGAACAUGUUCAGCACUCGAAAUAAAUCUGGUAUUUCCGCGCACCCAUGUAUCAUUCUCUAUGUAAUUUUGUUCCUGGCAGAACCUUGUUCUUUGUACCCAAGAUAAUUGAAAUUCAAGUAAGAACAAUCGCAAACUACGCAUGCGUGGUUUCGAUGAGUUGUGAACCUUGUUGCAGGCAAGAAAAGCUUAUAGUGGCGACCUCACCAACUUUCUAAACCCAGGCAACCCUUGAGUUGCCGGUAAAAAGGAGGCCAGUUGCCAUCUUCAUGAAAACUGUCUACAUCAUCAUGCAUAUAUUUUGUUUUUCGUCAGGUACUCUAGGUACGUUUGGCACGACAAGCACAGGGGGUUUGUUUGGUACACAGAACAAACCAGGAUUUGGUACAACGUUUGGUACUGGAACAGCCACUAAUAUGUUUGGUAAUACAACUGGUACAGGAUUGUUUGGUAAUAGCAGUCUUGGAUUUGGUACCACUGGCUCAACACUUGGUCAAACCUCAACUUUGGGUGGUACCUUCGGCCAAACAAGUAAGAUUGUCAACUUUGUACGACAGUGCAGUGAAAUUAAGAGAGCAUGAUGAUAUUUGUAAAUUAUGCUAAUAUAUUUUAUUGCACUUCAGUUUAACAUUUCUUCUAUCCUCUAGCGUACCCAGCUUUGAUAGAGAGGGUGCCAAUUCAUCAGGGGUGUAUAAUGGUUGCUGACUAAUUUCUUAGGGGUGAGCUCCCUUCCUCCUUCACGCCAUUCCUCAUAAAAUCAGUCUGGUAGUGAGUGGGUGACUUCGCUUUUUAUUCUAAAUCAAGCAGUAUGUGCGUUGUCCAUGCAGAUAUAGGUUUUCCUUAUCCUCACAAGUACGUAUGGAACUUCUCUCCAGUGCUUUUCCCUGUCAACGCGCCAGGAAUGGAAUAUCACCCAACACCACGUUGCGAUAGUAACUAAUUGCGAUCAUGUACUAUAUCAGAAUCCGUUGGUCUGGUUCAAGGAAAUGAAUACAAUCCUCAGAAAAAAACUACAUUCGCAACCAACUCUGUACGAUAAAUCAAGAGUUUUAGUUGUACUCACUGGUAUUCCAAUGAUUAUUUGAGCUAAUACAAAUAUAGAUAAGAACACAAGGUAUAUAUAAAAGCUAUUUAUUCAGUAAACUGGAAAUAUAAGUUCGAACAAUGAGUGCGAUUUCAUUUCUUUCUUUCUUGUACUUUCGUUUUUGUAGCUCUUGGUGGUAUAGGAACUGGCUUGGUGUAAGUAUAAAUAACUGUAAUCAUUGAAUAUCGUGCAUUGACAUAUUGCAAAUGAACAUAAAUAACAGUCGGUGAUGUUUCAAUGUCAAAUACAUUUCCAGGACAACUAUGAAGGAGCCGCAUUUUGCUGGCACGCGCGUUAGCCCGCACACAGCCCGCAAAUCGCAGGCUUCAACACUGAGCUAUAUAUUUCAUACGUAAUUCUAAUACAUAACUUCAAUAAGACCCGGGAUGGGCUCCCUGUGGCACCGGUUGUUUAUAUGAAUUAAGUCUGUAUGUCUAUUUCAAAACUUAUGGAAACGAAAUUUCAAUCAAUCCAUGGAAGAAAUGAUAUGAAAUUUUGUUACUUUAUAAUAAGAUUUAAGGCAAUCGGCAAUCCGUUCUCGGAUAACCUGUUCCGUGUGAAUAAAUUUCAGAGGUUUAUGAGUUAAUGGCACAUGAAUUGGCAUGCGUAUUAGUUAUUAGUUAUAAUACACCUUAAUAAGUACAGUGCGCAGUAAUAAUAUCAUCUGCUUGUUUCAGUGGCCAAAACAACGUCGCUGCAUUGCAACAACAACAGCAACUGCAACAACAGCUACAACAGCAAGUACUUGCGUUGACAAGUUCACCAUUUGGAGAUUCACCUCUAUUCAGAAAUCUCACGGUACGUUUUAUGGUCAUACAGCUGUGGUCAUAAAGACCUGGCUGGAGCAUCUCUCCAAACUGUCACUUGAAGACAAAGUUUUAGGUUGCUUUCAGACUCCCUGGCUACGUGUUAUACAGGUUUUACCUGCAUUGUAUAUUAGGGAUGCAGAAUCACAUUACCAGAACUACAAGAACCCGUUUUGUGUGAAGACCCUUCGUUGCUAAGGAUGCUUUGGUUAUAUUUCUUAAGUAGUUUAAUCCUGUCAUCACUCAAGUAUAUUGUUCAUCACUACCUACACUGGAACUUCACACAUUCAAGAUUUUACAUGCAUGAUUGAGCUCUUCGAAUUAUAUACAAGCGUGUAGUGGUCAUUCAUGCAGGAGUGGACAUGUCACAAAAUAUCGUGUGUUCAAUUGCAAACAGUCUGAGAUAUUCUCUGAUAAACGAAACAGUCCUAGCAUACCAAUCUUGUACCCAGCAUCGUUUCUCAUGCAAUUUCAACCUCGCACCCAGGGCUACGUUUUCAGACAUACGUGGAAUACCUCUACUUUGAUAGGCUGUGAAGAAUUCGCUCGUGCACUAUUUAUUGAAAUUACACUCGAAAGCACGCUGUCUUUACAGUAACAGAAAUGUGUUAUUAUAGAGUCGUACCAGGAGUGACAAACCAUUGUCUCUGGCGUCACAAGCAAAACAGAGAGGAACAAAUACUCCAUCGCAAUAUAAGGUUUGUUUUGUUUUUCUUUUCGUACACCAUUUAACGUCAUUCAACCAUAGUACAAUAUUUUUAUUUCUACGUAUGGCCGUUUGUUCAAAAUUGUUGUCAACCAAGUGAAGCACUGGAAUUUUUACCCAGACAAGCAAAUACAUGUCGUAACUCGUUGUUGUCAUUGAUUUUUAAUUUAUAUUUAACGACCUGUCUUAUUAACUGUGGUCUUACAGAUGAAAAUGUAUAACUUCACACUUUCAGUUCUUUAUGAUUUCUCCAACAUAUAGCAAUGUGUUGUUGGUGGCACCAUAUAGGCACAGCGUGUAAUUGAAAAUUCCUGUAAAACUGGAAAGAAUCCAAAGUAUUGCAGUCAGAAACGUGGAACAAAAAACAUUGACAUUUGACUAUCUCUGUAUUUUUUAUGUCAGUUAUCACCUCGUCCUUCUGCCAGAGUGAAGCCAAGAGCCAUUGGAAAACUGAACUUUUCACAGGUAUUUCACACCGUAGUCCAUAGGGUUUUGCCAUUGUGUAGUUAAAAUGUAAAGUUUAGGGUUUUAAGACAUUUUUCGUCACGUCUGAUACGUAAAUAUCCAUAUACUUAAGUCAUAUAUAAGCCCUAUUCCCAUGGAAGCGAAAACUUUACCAAGAUCAGGGCAAUGCUUGAAAUGUAAACAUGGGUUUAAAGAAAUGUUUUAAUAAGAACUGCAUAGCCUGGCAAGACGAGUAACAAAGCAGCAACAAUUAUAUCAGCAACCCGUAAAAUAGCAGCAAAGGAAUUCCCAAGACAAUUCUUCCAAGGCAUCCCUCCAGCGCCUGUCUCAGUGGAACGUCUAACUAACAAAGUACUUGAACUAACAAAGUUUAACUAAAACAUAAAUUGGGUGGGGAAAGGGAGUAACAAGCGUAACUUGCUGCAACAAGGCAUGGCAAAAACAGACAAUUGAUCCGACCAGGGCAACGGUUAUAAGUGUUAAACAUCAGCGCCACGAAUCCCUCAUCGGCUCAUGGGCUUCCCCCAAACAGAAUUCAGCAUGCAUCCAUAAUACUUCUUCUGUGAAUCUUGCUUAAAUGUAUUUAACCACAUUUUAGACGCGUCUAUUCGAUGGUUUGGAUGAUGAGGUUGAAUACAGUGGUGAGACAUUUGUACCAAGACGAAGUAUAAAGAAACUUGUCUUGAAUAGUAAAUCACAGGUUGGUACAAUGUAAUAACUCAUUUCCAUUCGCCACCUGAAGUUGAAAGAUCGCACCCACAAAUAGAGUAUCAGGCUGUAUUUUACACCUGCAUUUUAAGGAAGGGAGAAUGGCCGGAUACUCGAGCUUCAUUUACUUGAGGAUUAUGAGAUAUAUACACGGUGCUUCACAACUAAACCUAAGGGUUCGUUUUUCAUGAGGCAAGAAUAUCGGUUAACCCGGGAAAAGGCCCAACAGGGGAGAACCAACCCGACUCUACUUACAUGCGUAUCAACCACAGGUAAGCUACCAGCCUACACAGUGCGCUAAUUGGACCUGCUACCAGUGUAUUAGUGUGCUGUAAUCUCAACUUGCGCUACCUGUAGCGUCUCAAUUAUAUCUUCCUUAUCUUCUCGCAGACCAGAAGUAUUGCCAGUGAACUGUCUAAUUCAUCACAGACCAAUGGCAAAGACCGUGAGGAUUCCCCAGAAACCUCACACAUCAGACCAGCAAGCAACGGUGAAACCUCUCGGGAUUCAUUUUACUCGCCUAAAUUAAAUAGUUCCUUUGGUAAAGAUGAUCAAGAUAGUCCUGUUGUUGGCGUAAGGCGUUCAAAUAUACCAAGAACUCUAGACGAGCAAGAUACAGGAGUGAACGGCGAGGCAAGCACGACACAAGGUGAACCUCUGAAUGCAGUGGGAAAUGAAGAUAAGGAUAGUGAUGAUGAACAAGGACCUGAACCCAAACAGGGCGAAACCUUGGAAGAUCAGACACAACGAAAUGCUGGACAGAGAGGUUGUGGCGUUAUACUGGAAAGGUAUAAUAUUCAUACAAUAGUGCACUCUAAAAACACUAUGGUUAAAUAAAUGUGCUGGUUAAACCUCCUGGUUAAGCCAGAAAUAACCCUAUUUAUAGUAUGUUAUUUAACCUAUUGUAGUCCUGGUUAUUUUAACCUAUUGCCAGGACUUCCUCGUUAAAUGAACCAGACUAGGUGGAUAAGGUGACCAAGAACCCCCUAAAUAUUGGGGAAACGUGUGCCUAUUAUUUUGCCUAAAUAUAAUUUAACUCUUGCUUGUUACCGUCUGAUCAAGCAAUGGGUGUCUCCAGGGUUCGUACAAAACUUGAAAGUCCUUGAAUGUCCUUGAAUUUGAAAACAAAAAUUCAAGUCCUUGAAUGUCCUUGAAUUUGUAAAGAAGUGCUUGAAAGUCCUUAAAUUUUUCUUGCUUUAGUUUUUGGAUAUUUUCAGAAACUGUUUGACAUUCAAGAACGAACAUUUUGUUGAUUUUAUGCGAUUUUGCACAUUCAUAUCUGACAAAGCUGUUUGAAACUCAUUGAAGUUGCGUUUUGAACAAUUCAACGUCACAUUUUACUGAUUUCUAACCCUUUUCUUCAGUAUUUAGUCCUUGAAUUUGUUAGUACAUGGCCUUGAAUGUCCUUGAAAGUCCUUGAAUUUGACUCUUUUUCACAUGUACGAACCCUGUGUCUCGCUCGGUAGAAUGUUGAAGAGUUUGAUGGAAAUUUCGAGCGAAAACUGUACGUCGGACCAACCGGGGGCAGAAAAUGCUCACUUGUUUCAUAAUUUUCGAUCAUUUCAGACCAGAGUACUAUUGUAAUCCUACUAUUGCUGAACUGGAUGACAUGGUUGAUGAAAAUGGUGACGUCAUCGUUGGUGAUUUCGUGGUUGGCAGAGAAGGAUUUGGAAUGGUAAAAUUCUUUGGAGAGUUCAAUGUCGCUGGGUUGAACUUGGAUGAAAUAGGUAACAAUUAUUUUUGUUUGGGACACUGCUUUGGAUACAAUAUAUCUUAGUCCAUCAGGUGAAUAGGCUUGAAAUAGUGACCAUAUACGUCCAUAAAUUCUGAAUAAAGUGUUGAUAAGAUUUAAGUUCACUCAUUAAAAAUAGUGUUGGUGUGUUGUCUAAUUUUCACCAUUCUGCAGUAGAUGUACACCAACCUCACAGCUCUCGCAUGCAGAAAAAUAGAUAAGUGUUAUACGUAUUGUCUUCUUCGGUCAACCGUUUCCCUCGCGAGAUGAGCCUUGAGAGGAGCGCGCUCGUGUCAUUUUGCAGCAUUUCAUUUCCUCGUUCACUUUCUCUUAUGUUUUAAUUUUUUGUUCAUUGUUAUUUGUCUCGUUAUCAGAGAACAACUUGCGCUCAACGUAGUAUUCCCAUAUCUGUUCUUAAGUACUAGUCCUCCCAUUUCUACUAUGCUGUCACAGACAAUGAUAAAAUGAUUUAUUGCACAUAUUUCAGUGAGUUUCCGCCGUCGUGAAAUCGAGGUUUAUCCAGACACUUACCCUGACAAACCCCCCGUUGGAGAAGCUCUCAAUAGGAAAUCUGAAGUGACUUUGUACAAAGUGUGGCCCAACGACAAAACCACACGUACACCUAUCAAGGUAAGCAACUUGUUUGCAUUUUAUGACCAAAUAAUUAGUUUAGGCCAGCAUUAUACCCUAGUACAUUGUACUUAGGUUUAAUAAAUAAGUCUAUACGAGUCACUAGAUUGUUUUAAAUCAGAACUGAAGACACAUUUGUUUAGAAAUGGUUAUACAUGCACGGACUUGAUCUAAUAUAUUUUAAUAAUUGGUAAGACUUGUAUACAUACAACGUUUUAACUUUUAGAAAUUCAUUGUAUGUAAUAGAUUUUAUAUCAUAAAUUGUAAAGCGCCUCUUAUGGAAGAAGCGCUAUAUAAGAAUUAAAUAUUAUUAUUUUGUUCGAACAAUCUCUUUUGAAUCGCAGAGAUUUUUAGGGCGUUUUGGCUAGCACAAAGGUACGAGAUACUACUAUACAUACGUAAAAAUCUCACAGCUUGUCAACAAGAUGUGUUCGCACUGCUUCUUCCCAGUUGCUGACAAUUCUGUAACAAAGUGUUAUCUUGUAAUAUGGUUGAUAUCUGUUGAGGCCAACAGACACGCAGCAAUUUGUUCCAACAAGUCUGAUAUCAUCUGCACGUAACAAUUGGUUAACAAAUUGAUGACAACAAGCUCGUAGCAAGUUGUUGCAACAAUCUGUAUUAGUCUUGUCGAAAAAACCUGUAGCAAGUUUGUUACCACCAUCAACCUUGUGACAAAGUGAUAACAACUUGUUCCAGACUUGUCACAACAACUGCAUGGAAACGAGCAGAGCGAUUACAUCCUGAUAUUGGCUUGAUAAAUCCUAUAGGCAAGUUAACAGUAUAUAUCAGCUUCGUGUAAUUUUCUAUUAUCCUAGAACCCAGACCGGCUCCGGAAAGUAGGAUGGCUUGAAAAGUUGGAGAACGCGACAGGAAGAUUGGGUGCGACUUUCGUUGAUUACCAAGCAGAGACUGGGACCUGGAUUUUUACUGUAAGUGGUUGUUAAAGCUAUAAAUAAUUUUUACAGGAACGAUACUUCUUGAAUGAGAUAUUUAUUUAUUUUGAAUGAGAUAAGUAAUGUACUCAGCUUGACCUCAAAUGCACGUUUAAAGAUUUAAACCAGUAGUACAGUAUGUUAGUUGUAAUUCCAUCGACCCUAACCAGCCGUUGAUAAUGGUCAGGUGUCUAUGUUUCCACAUAUAAAUACGUUGUCAAGGACAUGUAACAAGUGUGAAGGACAUUUGAAGAUUUGAGGCGCUGUUAAAUUAUGGCGUCUCACAAACCGUUGUCUAUUUUGGGCCCCCGCGUGCAGGGCCGCUGAGAGGUUUCUCGGGAGAAAAAUUCCCAGGGGGCCUCUAUGACACUAUAAAUCUCCCCAGAGGAACCUAUGGCUUCGUGGUUGAAGAAGCUGUGUUUGCAUUAUAUUACGCUAUAAUUAUUGCAUAUUUUAUCAGCUAGAACUUAAAUCCUUGGUUAAACAAUCUUGCAUCAAGAAAUAUUAAGGGCCAUCGUCGCCUUGGGGGACCUUUUUUAGCUGGAGGGUCGGGCACAAUGCCCCCUGCAUGCGCCCCUCUCGGCGUGUAGGAACAUUAAGGUUUAAGAUUUGGUUUUAAGGAGGAGGGCCAUUGUAAGCUUUUACAAGGACUGUUUUACCAAACAUUCAAACAAUAAGUUCGGUGGUUUCAUAUAGUUUUGAAUUUUAUACUGGUUUAAUUUUCAAACUGCUGUUUAUUGACAGGUGGACCACUUUACGCGUUAUGGUUUAAAAGAAGUUCAGAUCGAAAUGGAAGAUGGAAGUGUGACGCGACCUCCACUGCCUUCUUUUCACGAGGUAAAGCUUAGUAUUCCUUGAAUAAAGUGUACUUUGGUCAAAGUGUUUGAAUUAUUACGAACUAUUUCGUUCAAAGUCUUUGAUCAAUGCACAGUUUUACUUUAUAUGACACCACAGUUUAACAUCAUAGACAUAUUUCCCUACGGAGAAAACUAAAUGAAAUGUACAAACAUCACAUUAUAGGACCACCACAACUAUAAAUAUGUUUAUGAACAAAAAAUACGUUGUGAUGUUGUGAUUGGAGUAAGACAGUGACUGAUUGGUUCUUUGCCUUUCACUUUAGAAGCCACUUUAAAAACUGUUGUGCAUUUUUUUAUCACAAUCCAAACAUAUGCCCUGUAUAUUUGUGGCUUCUUUUAACAGGAUAAAGAAAAGCUUCUCGAGAAAGCGAGACUUGAGAAAGAGAAAGCUGCAAUUGCUAUGAAAAUGCGCCUGGAAGAAGACCUGGAAAAUAGGAAGAAAUUGAUGCAAGAAAAGGUGUAUGACGAGAAUUCUUCAUUUUUGGAGGCACAAGAUGACAGUCAGAUGACUGACAUUAGUCAUGAAACUUUUCCAGGUAUUAUAUGUAUAUAUUUAUAAGUUUAAAUACGAUAAAGUUAACUAAGAUAAAAUAUCACUAAAAUCAAUAACAUUGUAAAUAUUUACAAACUCAAAUAGACUUGCGCUUUCCAUGAGUACCGUGCAAUUAAAGUACAAAAAGUGGCAUUAGAGAAAAAAUCUACGGCAUGCCAUAUGGGGGCUUCGGUGGCGCAGUCUUCAGAGCACCUUUCAUGAGAUCGAGGGUUCGAUUCUCGCUACUGACUCAUGUGAGAAGCUCUCCCGAAAAUCGUGGGUUUUCUCCGGGCGCUCCGCGGUUUCCUCCCACAGAGAAAGUUGACAAGGUGGGUUAGGAUAAACGCAGUUAAGAAAGUAAUCACAAUUGUUGUAAAAAUAAGUAGUCUAGGCUAAGUAAGUAACAUAAGUUAGCGUAAUACUUGAUGUAAUCGGUCACUUAAAAGCCCCAAUCCCCAGUGAGCUGAAUAAUGUGAUGUGAUGUGAUGUCAUGUCAUGUCAUGUCAUGUAAUAUGCAUGGCUUCUAGAAACAUAGCUAAAGAUUGAUUUAGCAUGGUGUUUUGAGUGUAUUUCUCAUUUAGUUUUAGUGGACAAAAUUAUUUUGGCAUGACUAAAAUCGGGGUAUUAGUACUAGAACAACACUAUUAAGGAUACUUAUAGGAUCGCUUAAGUAUAACUGAAACGGUUCUUAAAUAAGUGGUGUGGGACGGUGGAAUAGCAUGCAGAUAUGCCCUCAGUGUGUAUAUAUACGUUAGGAUCUUUGUAUAGUUGUAUGUUAGUUGACUCAAAUGUAAUUUUCUUCAGAUUUCCAAGAACCACUGGAAGAAGAAGAGAACCAUACAUCUCCUGCAUCACAUCAUCUAGCAAGCGCGAUGGGAGUGAAAUCU